AUGCCUGCUGUAUGGGCGUGUGGAUAUACAUGUUAUGAUGUUCUCUGGACGUUCUACCCACACUGUGUGAUCAAUACUGUGUGCCAAGAAAUGCUCUAUUAUUCCAUCAAUGUCACUCUGCUCGAUCCAAAUUACACGGCUAAAUUAACAUUACACUUACUCUUAAAACAAUUUUUUUCAUCGAUGCAGUGUCCGCAACAUACAUGGCAGUGUCUUCACAUCUUCUGUAUGUUUCUAUGGAACACACGCUUGAAUGGCAUGCUUGUGCAAUCAAUGCACCUGUUGAGAAUCCCUUCAGGUCGCCUCUUAGCAGAAUGUAUUGCACAAUAUCCAUCGGGGCUAUGCACAUGCACAAAAAACAGCACUAUUGCAUAUCAUCGGCAUUUGCCUGUUGUUUAUGCCAGUGGCAUGGCACACAUUCGCAUUGGUUGCUCAAAUAUCAAAAGUAACGGAGGACAUCCCCUAUGA